GUGAACUUCCAAUUGACUGUAAUUGAUGUUCACAUUGGGAAGACCCAUGCGUGACUCAUCUCUUAACACACAACUCGAAGAAGAGAAGUGUUCACGGUUUUUAAAGCAAGGAGAUCAGUUGUUUGUGGGGAAGGAGAGGAAGACACAGCUUUAUACGGGAGCCCCCCCCCCCCCUUUCCGCUCUGCUCUCUGGCUCUGGAAGGGGAGCUGCGUCUCUGAGCAGACGUCUUCGGGAAGCCUGAGGAUCCUCAGAAGUGUGGGAAGGUUGAGCUGACCCCAGAGGACAUGAACACACCACGUGGGUAAACCCAGCCAACAAACGCGGGAACAGAGGAGACAGAAUUGGCAACCCGUGUGAAGCUUGGCUUUUGCACACUGACGACAGGUGACGGCUAUUUUGGAGAAGUUACCAGCGUCAGAGAGAAGUUCGCCUCGAAGCAUUUGGAGGGGUUUUGGCUAAGAGACACUGGCCUGGUUUUUUGCCUGCCUGUCAAGCACUGAACUAGAGGAAAUGAGCUUGUCGCGGUGCUGGGCAUUUAGAAAGUGCUGUCUGAUGGUUUGUGGUCGACUCGAGCAAAGCAGGGGAGAUUUUCGGGGACGGAAGAAAGAAUUUAACAGCUGUGAAAUUAACACAUCCAUUAACUGCUGAGACGGGCCGCAAGGGCGCCUUAACUCGACUUUCCAAAGAGCAAUGCGUAUGUGCCUGACUCUCACUGGAUUUUAGAACUCAGUGGAUUGCUCAUUUCUUACCCCAGGUACACCGUGGAUCAUACUAAUCACUUAGACAUUCGUAUACUUUAAUUCCUUGAAGAAACCUUAGAAAUCCGCUCCGAUGUUUGCAAAUCUCUGCCUGCGGUUGAGUAGAUGGGCUAGAUGGCUCUCGAGGUCUGUCCUGGCCCGGGAACCCCCGGCUUCCUCCAGACCGCGCUGUCGGGGCUCAGGUCUGUGAAGAUGGCCCAGCAGGGCGACACUCAGAGCGUGGACGCUGUGUCCCAGCACCUGGGGCGGCUGUGACGUAGGCAGACCAGUUCCCCGAAGAACUGUGGCACCGUUUUGUGAGCUCAUCACCGUCCCUUCGCGCCAGAUGGCGGCCCGAGGAAACGUCUGAGGGAGGCAGUCCUCACGUCAAGAACGGCUAACAUGAGGGAUGAAAAAGACAGAAACUGAAGUAACUUCUAAUGAAAGAAAACCAACUGAAGGGAUAGAGUCCUGGAAAUCCAGCGAGAGGAAAAGGAUCUUCUACGUCUCUCAUGAUUCCCAAGACCUGAAGAUCUUCAGCUAUAUCGCCCGAGAUGGUGCCAGCAAUAUCUUCAGGUGUAACGUCUUUAAAUCCAAGAAGAAGAGCCAAGCCAUGCGCAUCGUGCGGACGGUCGGGCAAGCCUUCGAGGUCUGCCACAAGCUAAGCCUGCAGCACACACACCAGAACGCAGACGGCCAGGAGGACGGUGAGGGCGAGAGGGACAGCAGCAGUUCGGGGGAGCCAGGCCGCCAGCUCACUGGAGCCGAGAGGGCCUCCACGGCCACCGCAGAGGAGACGGACAUCGACGCAGUAGAGACCCCGCUCCAGGGGAACGAUGUCCUGGAAUUCAGCCGAGGUGUGACCGACCUUGACGCCGUAGGGAAGGAAGGAGGUUCCCACGCAGACCCCAAGGCUUCUCCCCACCCCCAGGAGCCCGUGCUGGCCGCCUCGCCCAGGAUGCUCCUCCCCUCCUGCCCCUCGCAGCCCCCAGGCCUGGGCCCGGGGACGCCGCUGUCCUCCCACCACCAGAUGCAGCUCCUCCAGCAGCUCCUCCAGCAGCAGCAGCAGCAGACACAAGUGGCUGUGGCCCAGGUUCACUUGCUGAAGGACCAGCUGGCUGCCGAGGCCGCCGCGCGGCUGGAGGCCCAGGCCCGAGUGCACCAGCUCCUGCUACAGAACAAGGACAUGCUCCAGCACAUCUCCCUGCUGGUCAAGCAGGUACAGGAGCUGGAGCUGAAGCUAUCGGGACAGAGUGCGAUGGGCUCCCAGGACAGCUUGCUGGAGAUCACCUUUCGCUCCGGAGGCCUGCCGGUGCUCUGCGACCCCACCACCCCGCAGCCGGAGGACCUGCCCUCGCCGCCCCCGGGCGCGGGCCUGGCCGAGCUGACGCACCCCGCCGGCAGCCCCCUAGUGGACCACAGCAUGUUCGAGAACUUGAAUGCGGCCCUUCCUCCAAAGCUGCAGCCCGGCUGCUCCCUCCCCCACCUGUCCAGGCUGACGGCCCCCGGCUCUGCCGCCCUGGGGUCUGCGGAGCCUGGGGGGCCGGGGCUCCGGGUGGGUGGCAGCCAGCACCUCAAGAACCUGGGCAGGGCCGUGGGGGCCAAAGUUAACGACUUCCUGCGGAGAAAAGAGCCCUCGAGCCUGGACGGUGCGGGCGCCAUGGAGAUCAACAGGCCGGCGGGGGCGCGGCUGGACGGCGGGGCCGUGGAGGCUGACAGGUCAGCCCUGCAGGACGCGUUCCCUCGGCUGGACCCCCCGCCUCCCAUUACCAGGAAGCGAACCCCUCGUGCCCUGAAGACCACGCAGGACAUGCUGAUCUCGCCGCAGCCAGUCCUGAGCAGCCUGGAGUACGGGACAGAGCUGCCUCCUGGGCAGCCCCGGGAACCCCUUCCCACCGCCCAGCCCGACGUUCCCGAGGAAACGGCGGAGAGGGGCGAGGCUCUGCCCAACGGAGAGGUCUCCCUGUCAGUGCCCGACCUGAUCCACCAGAACAGCCAGGACGAACCCAAACCGAAGAUAACGGAGUGCAGAAGGGCCUCCUCCCCUGGCCUCCUCGAGAGGAACGGCCUCAAGCGCAGCCUGAGCCCCGUCCGCCUGGCCCAGCCGCCGGAGGACAGUGGCCCCCCGCCUCGGGCACGGACCUCCAGCCUUGACAAUGAGGGCCCGCACCCAGACCUGCUGUCCUUUGAGUAGGGCCCCUUCUCCCUGCCAGGCACCCCCUUCCCCUCUGCCGUCUCUGUCCCUGGUGCCCCUUGGCCCUUGCCCCCGCUCCGCGUGCCCUUUGCCCCCUGUGCAGAGAUCAGAGCGCCGAUCCGGGGCCAGGCUCCCUGAGUCACCCUAGUUAGAGCCUCUGUCUGCCGAAUGCUAAAGGGCUGGGCUGUGGCUCCCGAGCCUCAUUUUCUAGAAGCUCCCCCCACCGGGGGCCAGCUGCCACACUGGGGGAUGGGAGCAUCGCUGUUCCCAGGCAGCCCGGACUUCCCACCGGCCUGCAGGGCCACCAGCCCGGGAUGAGGGGUCUUGCAGGAAUGGUCUCUGCCUGCCCCCCACAUGCCAUCUGUGCCCCCCCCCCCACUCUUCUCUCUUCACACCCUGGUUCAUUUCUUCUGCCUCUGGUGGGGGCAUAGGGCCGAAUGGAGAAUUGAUGGGUUGGGCUGACGACGAGCCCAGACCUGGAAAGCCACACACCCUGCUCCUCCUGGUCCCAAGACCGUGUGUUGUCCCCUCACCUCUACCCUUUGGGUCCUGAGACCUGGGUGCAGCCUUGUCACCAGGGGUUGUCAGGGCAUUUUCCACCUGCCUUGUUGGGGGACACACCAGGCCCCCCGGGGCCGACCACUGAGAAGGCGCUGGGGAAAGCCAUGCGACCAGCCGCUAGUGGGCUCCGUGUGCAGAAGGAAAGGCCAGGGCCCCCCUUGCUGUGUGUGAGGACAGGGCGAGGCGGGCCCCCGAGGAAGCAGAGGAAGCAGCUGAGCAGAUUAGCACCUUGCUUUGGGGGGAGGGCCCAGGAACUUGGCCUCCAGGGAGCCGGCCCCAGGAGAACCCAGAGCAAAAGUCACAGAGAAGACAGGGUGAGGACAGAGAAGACUUUGAGGGAGCGCCCACAGCCUGAAAUGAUGCGGCUCUGGGGUCUGGGCGUGGUGAGUGCGAGAGCCAGAGUGACCAGGGAGACUGGGAACGA